AUGUAUUUUUGCCUUUUUCCGCAGAAAAAGCCUCUCUCAGCCAUCAUUAAAGAAGUGUGCGAGGGGUGGUCCUUGGGGAACCAUGAAAACUUUGCUCUGCAGAUUGCUGACGCAACAAAUUUCUACAUAACAGAAAAGAAUCGCAAUGAUAUUAAGAACGGCUCAAUCCUGCGUUUGACCACCUCCCCUUACCAGACUGCAGUACAGCUUCAUGAACGGAUCCAGUCGUCCAGCAUGGAUGCCAAGCUGGAGGCUCUGAAAGACCUGGCCAAUGCGUCCCGGGACAUCACCUUUGCCCAAGAGUUCAUCAACCUGGACGGCAUCUCCCUGCUCACUCAGAUGGUGGAGAGUGGGACUGAGCGCUAUCAGAAACUACAGAAGAUAAUGAAGCCCUGUUUUGGUGACCUGCUGUCCUUCACUCUGACGGCCUUCGUAGAGCUGAUGGACCAUGGCAUCGUCUCCUGGGACACUUUCUCUGUGGCCUUCAUCAAGAAGAUUGCCAGCUAUGUGAACAAGUCCGCCAUGGACACGGCAGUGCUGCAGCGUUCUCUGGCCAUUCUGGAGUCCAUGGUGCUCAACAGUCAGGAUCUUUAUCACAAGGUGGCGCAAGAGAUCACCAUUGGACAGCUCAUUCCACAUCUUCAGGGGACUGAUCAAGAUAUUCAGACCUACACUAUUGCUGUCAUCAAUGCUCUCUUCCUUAAAGCUCCUGAGGAAAAGAGACAGGAGAUGGCCCAUAUUCUUGCUCAGAAACAGCUGCGCUCCAUCAUUCUCAGCAACGUGAUCCGAAGCCCCACACCUAUCAACGAUGAAAUGGCCCACCAGCUGUACGUGCUGCAGGUGCUCACCUUCAACCUGCUGGAGGACCGCAUGAUGACCAAGAUGGAUCCCCAGGACCAGGCUCAGAGGGACAUCAUCUUUGAGCUGCGGAGAAUUGCCUUCGACGUGGAGUGUGAGCCCAACAGUGGCAGCAUCGAGAAACGCAAGUCCAUGUACACCCGCGACUACAAGAAACUCGGCUUUAUUAACCACGUCAAUCCAGCUGUGGAUUUCACCCAGAUUCCUCCAGGCAUGUUGGCUCUGGAUAACAUGCUGUAUUUUGCCAGACACCACCAGGACGCCUACAUCAGGAUCGUCCUGGAGAACAGCAGUCGAGAAGACAAGCAUGAGUGUCCGUUUGGGCGCAGCAGCAUCGAGCUGACCAAGAUGCUCUGUGAAAUUCUGAAAGUGGGCGAACUUCCCAGUGAAAACUGCCAUGACUUUCACCCUAUGUUCUUCACCCACGAUCGCUCCUUCGAGGAAUUCUUCUGCAUCUGCAUUCAGCUGCUCAACAAAACCUGGAAGGAGAUGAGAGCCACAAGUGAAGACUUCAACAAGGUAAUGCAGGUGGUGAGGGAGCAGAUCAUGCGAGCACUGACUCUCAAGCCUAAUUCCCUGGACCAGUUCAAGAGUCGCCUGCAGAACCUGAGCUACACAGAGAUACUGAAGAUACGCCAGUCCGAAAGGAUGAAUCAGGAAGACUUCCAGUCCCGCCCCAUCCUGGAGCUGAGAGAGAAGAUCCAGCCGGAGAUCAUGGAGUUGAUCAAACAGCAGAGGCUGAACAGGUUGUGUGAGGGAACCUGCUUCAGGAAAAUCAGUAGUCGCAGGAGGCAAGAUAAGUUUUGGUAUUGCCGUCUGUCUCCGAACCAUAAAGUCCUGCACUAUGGAGAUUUGGAAGAGAGCCCUCAGGGCGAAGUGCCCCACGACUCUUUGCAGGACAAACGAGGUGUUAGAGCUGGCCUUCUCUGUCCUCUAUGAGUCGGACGAGUAUUUAAACUUUAUUGCUCCUGACAAGCAUGAGUACUGCGUGUGGACAGAUGGUCUAAACGCCCUCCUGGGUAAGGAGAUGACCAGCGAUUACACCAAAUCUGACAUGGACACCCUCCUCUCCAUGGAGAUGAAGCUCCGCCUCUUGGAUCUAGAGAACAUCCAGAUUCCCGAGGCCCCGCCCCCGAUUCCCAAAGAACCUAGCAACUAUGACUUUGUUUACGACUGUAACUAGACGAACGACCCCACGAGCCCCCCGGAUCUAAACCCACCCAGCACCUACUGUACUCACCGGACCAAUCCCCUUUUCUUACAAACUGGAACAAAAACAAAUAAAACCGUAUGAUAAAGAAUAUGAACUGUGAUUGAAAGAAAAAAGGAUUUAUUGAACUAUUUUCCUCUUGCUUCUUGCUAGACCUUUAUGAGAGAGAAAAUAGUGCAUAUUAAUAGGCUCGCUGCACUUGAGGGACUCGGGGUCGAUGCAGAGUCAUCAGGUUGCCAUGGAGAAGAGAAACCAGGAAGUAUUUGUUUGGCCUAUCGUUGGUCGUCCUGCGUCUUCUUUCUCACUCUUCCUCCUGUGUCUGAUGUUUUGAAACAUUCACUUCUUCUCGGCUGAGGCGCCUGCUGUCAUUUUGCUUGAAGAUUGUUGUAGACAAAUGCUUAGAAAUUUUAUUUGAUUUAGCUUCCUUGUUUUUUUUUUUAUGUUUACUUUAUUAUUUUUCCUCAGGGCUUUUGUGGGAGGGAGGGAUGAUGGUUGUGAAGUUCAAGGAGCAGGGAGGGACAGGGUUUUGUGUUUUGUCGUCCGCUUUCCAGCAGUAUUUCCUGUCACAUUCUCACAGUACUUGUGGCAGCUAAGUGUUUCCCAAGAGGCUGAAAGGAAGGUUGAAGUACAAUAGUCUCUUAUAUCUGCUUUGUCCUGCUACACAUAUACUGAAGACUGUUAGAAUAAGUCAAAAUCAAAAUCAAGGCAUUGUACUACAGUAAAAAGCCUUUCUUUUAAAUAUUCUAAUGUUAAUGUUAUUAUCCCACCGCUGCUUAUUGCCUAUUGUACACACCUACACAGUGGCUUUGCCAAAAACAACCAUAAAAGCACCACCAUUGUGAAACACACACAAACACAAACACAAACACACGCUCGUCUCUCCCUCAUUUGAGUCUCUCUCGUUGUAAUGACUGCUGUACACAACAUUCCUAAGCAAUAUUUGAGCUUCUUUUUGUUUAUCAUUUGUAAGAUGGUCAUGAUUUAGUGAUUUUAAAAUUGUGAAACUGCCAAGUAGUUGGUAUUACAAUGAGGAUGUUAGUGUUUUUGGUCAAGGGAAGUUGUGUUUUUAUGUGUAUUCAGGACCAUAUGGCCACAAAAUUGAAAGUUAUUGUAUUUUUUUAAUUUAAAAACAGAUCAUGGUUGUUAUUUCUAGUAUGAUUUAUAUAUUUUCCCCUUCCUAUUUAAUACCUUCAGAUGUUUUUCUUUAGGAUUUUUCAAAGCCCCUCAAAACUGCUGUUUACAUUAAAGAUUUAAGAA